GUACCGUUAGCAUGUUGCAAUGUGAAAUGAUUAUUAAUGGUUCUAAGUAGUUGGAAUUUAUGAGUUCUCUUGAGCGUCACGCUAUACCAUGUAGUAGCCCAGCAUUAGCCCCAAGUAAAACGUACUGCCAUCAACACAACCCUCUCACUCGUUAUCUUCUCUAUCGAAUAUUUCUCGCACUGACGAAGCGCGCGCUAGGCGAGUACGACGACGCCAUCUUGGCUCAAGGAAUCCCGAGUCAAAAUAACUACACUAUUAAUUGCGUUCAUACCCAAGUGCUCGUAAAUAAUGUGCAUUGUCAGGGAGCUUAAAUUGUUUCUUCAACUAACUAAAUUAUUUGGCUUCACUCCAUAUUCUUUGGAAAAGAUAGAACUGCCUAUUCAAAAGUAUGCUGUCGCGUACUCGUUAUUUUGUGCCGGUUUUUACGGAUUCGUUAUUUACCAGAGAUCUAUAGAAGUCAGCCUCGGAGAUGUCGAUAAGCUUUUUGUUUUGAUGAUAAUCAGAACAAUAUUAGCGAACGUGGCUCUAUGGAAUGAUAUUCUGUUCGGAAUAUUUUAUCGAACUAAGCUUGUAAUAGCUUUUCAAAAAAUAUGGAGAUAUGAUCUGGAAACCAGGACGGCACUUGACAAGCGCGUGGUUCGUUAUUCUUGGACCGUUAUUUUCUUUAUUUUUUUUAAUGACGUUUGCAUCAGCUUCUUAACAUAUUUUUCCGAAACUCAAAAACCUGGAUUAGUUGUCGUUUUGUAUAAUAUGAUUUACGUUCCCAUGUCGUUUAGUAUAUUUAAAUUUACUCUUAUCGUAUACGCCAUACAACGACGGCUGCAACGUUUGAACAAAAUGGUUUCAGCGGGCAUGAGAUCUGUCAUUGCGGAAAUUAAUAUUGGAUGUCCUCGCGUCUCGAUGAAGGAUGUUCGCUGGCUUCACAGUUGUCUCAUUUCGGCCAUUAAGGAUGUGAAUUCGCUAUACCAACUUCCAUUAUUUCUAUGGAUCGUCACACUGACGUUUAAUAUUACAUCCAGAAUCUAUUCUAUUGGUCAGAACAGUGCCUCGUUGUUGCUGAUACUGCGAGAAUGUAAUAUGAUACUAUUCUGUACUGUGCUUCUGAUAACUGUGAUAACAAUUUGUCAUGUGACUGCUUGUGAGGCAAACAAGACUGGAUGCAUUAUGUUUUCCCCUCAACUAAAAUUUGUUCAAAAUCGUACAUCGACCAGCGGAGAAGAAGGUAUCAGUGUCGGCCAAUACUUCUUAUUUCAUCCCAUUCACUUCUCAGCGGCUGCCGGAAUUAUUACAAUCGACUUACCGCUCUUACUCAGUAUUGCAGGAGCAAUGACGACGUACCUUGUUAUAUUACGAGUGCCUAACUAUGCACCGACUUCGAAGCUCGUACUCGGAAGCACACGAACCAGCACUUUGCUGAUUGGCUUAUGAACUUAACUGUAAAGUGCGAGAAGAAAAAUUUGCAGCAACUCUGGCAACACGCGAGCCUCGUCAAACGUUGAGUUCCAUACACCAACGAAUGUUCUCGAAGAGCGUCAGUGGCUGCUGAGAUAGGAAAGAGACGUUAGGAAAAUUAAAAAAAAAGUGUUGAAUUUAAUGACAAAAAAAUAUCUAACUAAUUAAAUAAUCAUAUUGGUGCUAAAAUCAUGAUACUACUUACUGACAUUAAACCGUUGUUCUACAUUAAUUUACUUUUUGGAAAUCCUCCACACGUUAUUUUCAAUAACAGCUUUGCCAUUACCAAAUUAGGAUCAAUAUGUUCUCUCCUGUGGUCCUCCGUAUUUUUAUGUUACGGAUACAAGAAAACUUUGUAUAUAGUUAAUGAUGCAAAUGAAAUAAGGUCGUUGAUACUGAAA